UCCGAUCGCAGUAGCAGUUGAAACGUGGGCGCGAGUGGAUGUUAAAGCGGAAAGCAGUGCAAAGUGAAACCGUUAAGCAAACAGAAAUAGUCAACAACCCGUCUAGUUAUUUCUAUAAUUACUGUAAUUAUAUUUAGUAAAAAGUGACGUCGCAGUGUUAAGUGUCUGUGAAUAGUAUUUGUAAUUAUUGUUGUCAGUGGGAGUGUGAAUAAAAUAGGUAUACCAAAUAGGAAACACACAGACGCGCACACACACUCAACAUACACACACGCACACACGCAUAGUUGUUACGUUACCUUUUGGACAUCGUGUCGAGGACGGCUGAAGAAGAGCGAGAGUGUGUGCAGCUAGCCACAAGAUGUCCAACACUUUGCAAACGCUCGUGUCGCAGUCACUCGUCGCAUUGGCCGCCGCACAGGUGGCUCUGCGUGCCGGCACCCCCCGCCGCUUCAGUCACAGACUGGCGAGCAUUUACCGCCCCCCGCCGCCCGUUUAUAACUGUCGCUGGAGCAGCCAGAGUCGCCGCAACAGGUCACGUGUCGUCGCUGCUGCUGCGCAGUUGCGAGGCGAGCUGCAGACGCACAGUUGUAGCCAGGCCACACUCGAGGAAAUUCGCCAAGCGGCUUCUCGCAUUUGCCGCGACUAUCUAACCGGACGCUGGAAGGUGGUUACCCCAGAACAGCUUGUGGUAAAGCGCAUCAGUGGCGGCCUCUCGAAUUUCUUGUAUUACGUAAGCCUGCCCGACUUGGAUGACUUUGAUGAGCAGCAAUUGUUGGAGGUGGAACAGCAGCAAGGAAAUGCCAACGUCAGCAUUGGCAAGCACGUCAUAGCCGCUUCGGUAUUUGCCAAGAAUAGCAGCAACAACAACAAUAACAACAACAACAACUAUACGGCAGCUGCUGUGGCCCCGGAGGUGGCCAAAAAUUUGGCACAAACUGUUGUCGGGGGCGUUGACGAAGCCACCAGCCCCAGCCCUGUGCCCGUGUCUGUCGCCGCCGACGAUGAUGACGACGUAGCGCUGAGCGCCAAGCAGGCAAACAAACGGCGACGCUUCGAUAGCGACAGCGGCGACUCGAGUUUACUGAGGCGCCUGCACACCCCCAAGCAGGAACCACGUGAGGUUCUACUGCGCAUCUAUGGACAAACCCAUGGCGAUCAUGCGUUGGAGAGCAUGAUCACCGAGUCCGUGGUGUUUGCCUUGCUAAGUGAGCGCAAUUUUGGACCCAAGCUACAUGGCAUCUUUCCCGGUGGACGCAUCGAGCAGUAUAUACCGGCACGUCCGUUGGCGACCACAGAGCUGGGCGAUGGUCGCAUUUCGAUGAAGAUCGCCGAGAAAAUGGGCGAAAUACACAGCCUGAAUAUACCGAUGUCCAAGGAACCGGAUUGGAUCUGGAACUGUAUGGAUCGUUGGCUGGCCAGCUUGGAGAGCAUUGUGAAGGGCAAGAUUGAAUCGAAGCCCAAUUCGACAGUGCUGCAAAAGCAACGGAAUUUAAUGCGCUCCAUUAACUACGUGCAGGAGAUAACCUGGCUGAGAUCGGUGAUAGAUGCCGGCGCCUAUCCCGUUGUCUUUUGCCACAACGAUCUGCAGGAGGGCAACAUAUUGUUAAGGCAAUCGAGCAAUGGUCAAGAGCGUACACCAAGGGAGUCGAUAAGUAUCUUGCGAUCCAACUUUGAUGAGACCCUGGGCGACAGCCUGGAUGGCAACAGCAAUUUGGAUACGGAUGACAACAAAUCGCCAAGUGCCUCACCGUGCGCCGAAUUGGACACCACAGAUGAUUCUGCACUGGACUCCAGUUUCAUGUCCGAUCAUGAGCCGGAUCUCAUUAUCAUUGAUUUUGAAUAUUGCGCCUACAACUAUCGCGGCUUCGAUUUGGCCAAUCACUUCAUCGAAUGGACAUUCGACUAUACCAAUCCGCAGUUCCCCUACUUUCAUCACUAUAAAGAGCAAUAUGCCACGGCUCAGCAGCGACGCGACUUUAUUGUCAACUACCUGAAGAAAUAUCAUGAUGAUGAGCAUUACGAGCCCAAUGUCGAGGAGCUCGAUACGGUCGAUGCCGAGAUACGGCUAUUCACCAUGCUCUCACAUCUCUUCUGGAGCCUCUGGUCCGUGGUUAAUGUUACCUCCGCCAUUGAGUUUGGUUAUUGGGAAUAUGGCAUUUCGCGCAUACUGGAGUAUCAAAAGCUAAAGUCGGCCUUUUUGGCAAAAUGAAUUUCGUCACUUGAGGAUCAAAUUUGAUGGUGAAAAACUCAAUAUCAUCAAACCGCACUUAAUCGAAUCGUAAAGCGUACUUAAGUGGCCUUAAACUUAAAAAAACAACAAGAACAAGAAAAACUAACAUUUUCCCCCCCA